CAUUUGGAUUAACUUUUGCGGCUGCUGAACCUCAACAUGCGAUCAACUGAUCUAAUUUAAAGCAUUAAUGGCUGGCACCAGGUCAUUUGCAGACGUCAAGAAUGUAAUCCUUUCUGCUCAUAAAAACACUGAUCCGCAGGAUAAAGUUGGCUUCUACAACUACUGGGCUGAGAACUAUGAACAGGAUGUAGGACUGUUGGACUACCGUGCUCCUCAGUUAGCUGCAGAAUGCAUCAGUUCAUCCUUCAGCUGUGAUAAAGAGAGUGCAGUUAUUCUGGAUGUGGCCUGUGGAACAGGGCUGGUUUCUGCACAUCUUUGGAAAAUGGGGUUUCGUCAGUUUGUUGGAGUAGACGGCAGUGAGGGAAUGCUGAAUCUGGCCAGAAAAACAGAACUCUAUCAGGAGCUGAAGCAGUGCAUGCUGGGUCAGGAUUGCUUGCCUGUACAAGAUGAGUCAUAUGACAUUGUGGUAAUUGUUGGAGCUCUGAGUGUUGGGCAAGUGUCUGUGCAAGUUAUUAAGGAGCUCUGGCAAGCCACAAAGCCAGGAGGUUUUGUGUGUAUGACUACAAGAGGAAACACAGAUAAUCUAGAGUACAAGGCCGAGCUGGAAAACAUGAUGAGAUUGAUGGAAGAUGAGCAGAAAUGGAGCUGUGUGAGCAUCACUGAAGUGGAAGACUGGGAGAGGGCCGUGGCUGAGCAUGAGAGUGGAUACAUACCUGGAUCUGUUUAUCUGUAUCAGAAAAUGUAAACACACAGUUGGAGAAAUAUUCACUUCCAAGCAGUGAUUUACAUACAUACAGGAAUUCCUUAUAGAAGUUAUUACGUCAAACUUUAGUCAGUUUUUAUUACAUACACAAAGAUAGGACAAAAAGUAAUAAUAAUAAUAAUUUUUUUAAAAAUAC